AUGGCUCCUGCGCUGCCUCCGUUUGCGCCGUUUCCCGAAGCACCAUGGCGGGAUCAUAUUGUCCCAGAAGAAUGGCAAGCUUGUCUCUCUCUGUGGAUUUCGCUCGCCGACGCACAUAUUUCUUUAUCCAAAAAUGACUUUCAGAGCUUGUCUGUCAAGGAUGAAUCUCUCACCAAAUUUUUGACUGCAUUCAUGCGUCAGCUCGCUUCAUUUGGAGUCGGUAUUCUUGGGUCUUCGGAAUCCGCAGCCGUGCUACUGCGGCACGUGUACAUGCUCACAACAGCACUGUUAAAGACGUCAGCACCGCCAAGCGACAUACUACAAUGGGAGUUUCUGUCGGACUUUAGCAGAGUGUAUGGCAAGAAGAGGACAUCUUCAGUAUUGGGAACGGCUUUCAAGUCACACACCCUGGCCAUUGAAACCUCCCUUCAUGGUGUCAAGAAGUCACUUAUCCUCGCCUUGGACUCUGGAAUUAAAGACGACCUCCGGAUACCAGAGGCCAGACUAAAGCAUUUGAAUCACUUGAUCCAUGCUUCUCCCGACGCAGCUGCCUUGUUCAUGGCUGGUAGCGAUUUUCUCGAUGGACUCAUUAGCUGCUACAAAGUCAUGAACCCCCCAUUGAGAAAAACGAUAAUCGCUACCGCCUAUUUAUGUCUCAUUGGUCUGACAGAAGGUGAAACGCCAAAGUUCUCAGUUCUGAUAGACCAGCUUUAUUCCUUGAAAGCAGCUGCAGAUGCUCACAAGGCCGGCCCUACCAGCGGAAACGACUCCAUGGUAGCAGAGUUGGUCACAGUCACGCCACUUUUGAAACAAGUUCAACAUCGCCUCGAACAGUCAGGGUCUACUGCAACAAGGAUAAAAUCUGUGAUUACGGGCCUGGAGGGAUUCAAGAAACCCGGUGGUAAUGUACGGCCAAAGAGACUAGUUAAGAGAAAGAUCGACAAGGGCAAAGCAGUCAUGGCCUCUGAAGAUGAUGAAGAUCUUGGUGCGCUGCGAGUACACCAGAUGAGUCAAAUCUCUCAAAUACAGGAUCUUUUCCCUGAUCUCGGCUCUGCUUUCAUAUCGAAAUUAUUGGACGAGUACCACGACGACACUGAACAGGUUGUUGCGCACCUGCUUGAGGAUAACCUUCCGCCACAUCUGGCGUCUGCUGACCGUACCAGAGACUUGUCGCCCGAGAGAACACGAAGACGGCGGAGCAGUCUGGCACCUAGGUCUACCCCGCCACAACUGCCCACUCGUCAUAAUGUCUUUGAUGAUGACGACUUGGACAACCUGACAGUGGGCGUAUCUAAUCUCCAUUUCGGCAAGCGGGAUCAGGACAAGACGGCAGAUGACAUUUUGAAGGAUCGAUCGACAGCACCUAACAAAGCGGCAAUCCUCUCCGCGCUCUCGGCUUUUGAUGCAGAUGACGACGAACGCGAUGACACUUAUGAUGCAGCUGAUGCUGGGUUCACAGUCAAUGAUGCCUUGGCUGAUGAUGCUGAUGAUCAGAAGCGGAAGGAUGUGGUGGAGGAAACCUUGUUCAAUGCAUUCAAGUCGGAUCCGAAGCUCUUCAAUCGAGAUUCCGACACGCGACGAAGCAAUUAUCGGAUGAAGUUGAAGAAUGACACGGGAAUGACUGAUGAGGCCAUUGAGGGUUGGGCCGUGAUGCUUGGCCGCAAUCCUUCACAGCUCAGGUCUCUCGAGGUCAAAUACAGUGCGGCCAAUAUGUUUACUGGUCAGCAGACCGCUCUGGCCUCUACGUCUUGGAAGGCAAGUCCAGGUGGUUCCGGAGCCGAGGAGUCUGGACAGGAGUCAGGAGGCGUCAACGCCCGAGGUGGAUUCCGCGGCCGUGGGAGAGGCAGAGGACGAGGUGGUGGCCGAGGCGGCAACGUUGCAGGCCCAACGGGCGAAAAGGGCACUGAGAAUGCCAGGCGCAACAAGGAAGCCAACAAAUCAUCCCGAGCAAAUCAUAACCGACGUGAGGGUCGAGCAAGGAAGAUGGCAAGAGCCGGAUUCCCUGGUUAG